GAGAUCAUCACUUGAAAAUCUCUCUCUCUCUCUCUCUCUCUCUCUCUCUAUCUCUCUCUCUCUCUGUCUCUCUCCAUAAUUCUCUGAAAAUUGUUCUCUAGCCAGUUUAUGGCAAUUGCAGCCUCAUCAAAUAGUACUAUUACUACAACUACGAUGAGCCAAGAAAACGAGUCCAACAAUAACAACAAGACCACAGACGACCAUGAACAUGACAUGGUCAUGCCCGGAUUCCGAUUCCAUCCGACCGAGGAAGAGCUUGUCGAAUUUUACCUUCGCCGUAAGGUGGAGGGCAAAAGAUUCAACGUCGAGCUCAUUACUUUUCUCGAUCUUUAUCGCUAUGACCCUUGGGAACUUCCUGCUUUGGCAGCAAUUGGAGAGAAGGAAUGGUUCUUUUAUGUGCCAAGAGACCGGAAGUAUAGGAACGGUGACCGACCGAAUAGGGUCACGACUUCGGGUUAUUGGAAGGCGACCGGAGCUGAUAGGAUGAUCCGUUCGGAGAAUUUCCGGUCGAUCGGGCUAAAAAAAACCCUAGUUUUCUACUCUGGGAAAGCGCCUAAAGGGAUUAGAACUAGUUGGAUUAUGAAUGAAUAUCGCCUGCCGCAGCAUGAAACUGAACGUUAUCAGAAGGCAGAGAUAUCUCUUUGCCGGGUGUACAAGCGCGCCGGCGUCGAGGACCACCCGUCCCUCCCCCGCUCUCUCCCGUCGAGAGCCUCUUCAUCGAGAGCGGCGGCAGACAACAAAAAGCAAUAUCCCAAUAAUGCCAUGGAAAAGCUCCAAACUUUCGGAGUACACCAAGUACUGCCACCACCGCCGCCACCGCCCCACCAAUUCGAGGUGGAAAACACCAACGAAACCGACGGAAGCAGCAGCUCCGACGUCGCUGCCGCAGGCACCAAGGGCCUCUCCAAGCGCAAAGCUUAUCGCGGCUCGAUAGCGUCUCCGAUUGCUCAACCUGCUGCAGCCAAUACUUCCAUGGAAGAAGAAGUGGCCAUGCUUUCGGCGCAACAACCAAAACAAUUCUGCCCUACUCUCUUCAGCUCCGGCUCUUCUUCCACGCCGCCGAAUUCUAUAGACGAUCUCCAUAGACUAAUUCAUAAUUACCAGCAAGCACCGAGCAGUUCUACCACUAGUAGUAGUAAUGCAAAUAUCAUAGUAAGUCAUCAUCACCAUUCUCAACAGCAUUACUUCAACCAGUUCCAUCCUAUGCCGCUGCCGUUGCCGGUGCCGGUGCCGCCGCAGCAGCAGCAAGUGGCGCUCAAUCCGCUGUCGAACUUCCUCCCGACGGCGUUCUCCGACCGGCUAUGGGAGUGGAACCCUUUCCCGGAUCAGGCUAACCGAGACGGCCAGUACUCCAAUAAUCCCUUCAAGUAAUAUGACCAACUUAUCAUGAACAUAUACCUUAAUUUAUAUAUACUUAAA